AUGGAACCAAUUAAAAAUAAAAACAAAAAUGAGGAAGAAGGGAGGCGGCGCGAUGCGCGAAGUGAAGUAGAGGAAGAGAGAGAGGAGAGGAGAGACGAGGUAGAGGACAUUAAUAUAUUGUCCUCGUCCUCCGAAAUGUCCCUCUCGGAGGUUGACAGCGAGGAAGUGGCAGCUACGCGAACACUGCGUAGCCACAGCCAAAAAUCGCCAGCUGCGAAGGUUGCCCUCCGAUUUCCAACGGAGUUGAGGAAGAGGAGGGCAGGCAAAGAGGAGGGAACGGUGGACCCUGCGGUGGCCACCAAAGUGUCAUCAGCAGUGAGGGGCCGAGCCAAACGUCCAGGCGCGUAUCAAUUUUUGACCGCUGCGAAGGCGUACUUGGCGGGGGGCGAGGAGAGCGGAGCAGAGAGCUCUGACCUCCCGUCCCGGCCUGCAAGGCGGCUGCCGCCUGAAACUGAAGAGGCAGGCGAGCCCAGCACCACCUCCCAGCGUGCUGCCACCGUGGAGGCCCUGGCUGCGAAAGCCCUCCUGAAUGUGACGAAGAUUCAGGGGGAGCUGAAGAAGAGCGGCAGCAUAAAAGGGACGGCGCUGGGCCAGCUCAACAAGGCCACGCAGGGGGUGAUCCAGGCGGUCGAGGGUCUACGCGCCAUCACCCCGGAAGAGGAACAGCGCCGGCUCCGCGCGGAAAACGCUAGACUCGCUCGUGAGCUGGAGCUGAUGCGCGGGGAGCUCCGCGCGUUCAAGGAGGCUUACGCUGAGUCGCAGAAGAGGCCGGCGACCAGCGCAAGGGAGGCCCAACCGGAGCCAAGCCUACGGGACGCCAUGGAGGAGAUGAAGCGCGAGCUCCUUGAGUCCGUAGGCGGGAUGCUCAAUGCCCGCCUACAAGGCUUAGAGGGGCGCCUUCCCCCAGAGCCGGUGACUAGACCGCCCCUCCGUGCGGACAGGAGGCAGCCUCCGCCGCCUCGACCCAAAGCCCAGUCUGGUGCUGCGAGGGAGGUGGCACGGCCGGGCCAGGAUCCACAAGCUCAGAGGGGGAAGGCGAGGCCGCCCGCCCCUCCCCCUCCUCCUCCUGGCCAGGACGCGGAUGGCCCCCCUAGAGCGGCUGCGACGGCCGAAAUUCCGGUACCGUGGUCGAAGGUGGUCGGCCGGAAAAAGAGGAAGAAAGCGAAGGGCAAGACCCAAGCAGGGCCCCCUCCGACAGCACCGGCCCAACCUGGGAAGGCGCAGCGGCCCCCCCCUCCUAAGGCUGUUAAGAUCGUGGCCCCCAAAACGGCGGCCAUAACGGUCACACUAAAGAAGGGGGCCACGACCACGUCAGCAGAGGGCCAGGUCUCUGAGGCCACCUAUGCCGAGGUUCUGACCAAGGCCAGAACCUCCAUCCGCCUCAGUGACUUCGGCCUGGAGUCGGUCAAGGUGCGCACGAGCAUGACCGGCUCCAAACUGAUGGAGGUAGGGGGGGCCGCCCCUGAGGAGACUGCAGACCGCCUCGCCGCUGAACUCGUCAGAGUGAUCGGUGCUUGGGCAGACGUCACCCGUCCGUCCAAGCUUGUGGACCUCAGGGUUUCAGGCUUGGACGAGACGGUGACGUGCAAGGAAGUGGCGGCCAAGGUGGCAGCGACUGGGAACUGCCCUCCCGGCGCUGUCAAAGUUGGCCGCAUCCGAAAAAGCUACUGGGGUGGAGGCGCGACAAUUGUGCGGUGCCCGGCGGCGGCUGCAAAGGCUGCCGUACAAACAGGGAAGGUGGCCAUAGGGUGGAGUAUGGCCACCAUUUCCGCGGUGGAGGCCCGGCCGAUGCGUUGUUACAGAUGCAUGAUGCUGGGCCACACCCGCGCCCUAUGCCCAACGGAGGCAGAGAACGGUCGUCUCUGCUUCCGUUGCGGCCAAGAGGGACACAAGGCGGCCACGUGUGAGGCCCCUGCCAAUUGCGCGGUGUGCGCCAAGGCAGGGUGCCCACAUAAACACAUAAUGGGAGGAGCAAAAUGCGCUCCGCCCAAAGUGAAGGGGAAGACUCCCCCUAAGCCGCCGCCGCCGACAGCACGGGUGCCGCCGACGGAUGACGAGGAAAGCAUGCAGGUGUCCUAA